GUGGCUGGGGGCUGUUCUCUCUUCCAGACAGAUGUGGCCGUGCGCCAUGGACACCCCCCUGGAGAAGGCCUUGGCCACCUUGGUCUGCACCUUCCACAAGUACUCAGGCCGGGAAGGCGACAAGCUCACCCUGAGCAAGAGGGAGCUGAAGGAGCUGGUGAAGAACGAGCUGGGGCUGGGGGAGCGGCUGGACGGUGGCAUUGAGCAGCUGAUGAAGAGCCUGGACAAGAACAGCGACCAGGAAAUCGACUUCAAGGAGUACUCCGUGUUCCUCUCCACCCUGUGCAUGGCCUACAACGAAUUCUUCCAGGAGAGCAGGAAGUAGGGGCCGGGCCAGGCCCCGCAAUCCUCGCGCUGCAGGCGGGGUCGUUCAAUAAACAGCUCUGCCCAG